AUGGACGUAUCAAUGAUAUUAGGACAAAGAAUGAUAAUGGGAUGGACAUUAUUGGAUGUAGUAUGUGGAGUUUGUAAAGUGGUGCCAUUGAUUGAAGACAAGAAAAAGAAUUUUACCGAAUGUGUUCAAUGUCAUCGUACAUUCAAGAGAGAGAAUGGUGAUCUUGUAGAAACUAAAAAGGCGGCCGAUAUUAUACCACCAACAGCAGCAGCAGCAGCAGCAGCUACUAAUGCAAAUGUAGCUGUUGUACCAACUACAAAACAAGUAGAAUCAUUCCGUGAUAUUGAUAGAGAAGAAUACAAUGAAUCUAGAAAUAUUUCAAAUAGUCACUCUUUAAACUCUACCGGUUCAUCAUCUUCAAAUACAUUACAACAAUUACUUUCAUCUUCAAAACAACCAACAACUGCUACUACAACUACUACAACUACUACAGUCAUUGCCGAUAAACAACCAAAAACGAAUCAUAAUACCGAUUAUGAUCAAUACUAUGACGAUGAAGAUUACGAACCAUUUACUGAAAGUGAAAGAUUACAAUUUGAACAAAGAAUGAAAAAGACUGAUGAAAUUAGUACAAAGAUUGGUCAAAAGUUAAUGUUGGGUUGGGCAUUACUUGGUGAUGUUUGUCCAAAUAAUCAAUGUUUGGAUACACCAUUAAUGAGAGAUAGAGAAAAAUAUUUUGUUUGUGUAUCUUGUGGAGCAAGAGCAUUGGAUGUAAAGGAUUUGAAAAAGGCAGAUGUAUAUGAAACUUUGAUAUCUCCAGCAUCAUCUGUAACUACUGCAUCAACACCAACACCAAUGAAUAUAGAAGAGUCACCAUUAAAACAUAAUAAUAAUAAUAAUGGAAUUUCACCAAUUAAAGAACCAAUUCAAAAGAGACAAAAAAAAGUUGAUGAAGAACAACAACAAUCCUCUUCCUCUUCUUCCAUUUCAUCAAAACCAACCAUUUUCAAUUAUUCCAACAACUGUUCAACUAAAAGUUUAUUACAUGAUGAAAUUAGAGAUAUGCCAUUGGUAAUUGACAAGACAUUGGAAACUUUAUUAAACAAGUUGAAAGACUCUGAAACCAAGUUGGGAUCUGCUGGCGCCCAAGAAACACUUGCUCAAUUUGCAUCGAUUCGCGAAUGCUCACAAGCUAUCACCUCUCUUUUAGAAUUAAAGAAACAAUUGUUAUCUUAA